AUGGGCGAUUCCGGAAUAGGAGGAAGAGCCUCCAAAGGGAAACAAGCGCUACGUCAAGGAGGGAAGGGCCAGCACGUCGGGGGCCUCUCUGGCCUUACCCCGUCCCUGUUUUCGAUAGUCCUCCAGAAGAAAAGGAUAUGGGAAAAAGGGAGACGUAACGCGGAGCUAGGAGGACGCUUUGCUCGGUGACGCUCUAGCCGGACACCGUUAGCCUCUCCGUGGCUCCCGGAGGACCCUACCGGCUCAGUGCUAGAGGUUCCGUUUCUCCUCAUUCCCUGACCCCUUCUCAGCCAAUGCCACUUGGGGGCUGCUUUUCUCAGCCAGAGAGAUUCAAGUGGCCCAGCAGGUUCGGUGUGAGGGAUGUGCACCUUACUGAAGCGCAGAGGAGAGCCAAAGGCCAGGACUGGGCUGUGAGGCCUGACUCCUUAUCCAUACCACCCUCCCAUGGCCUCUGACCCAGGGCCAGCAUCUUGCUGAUAUGGUAACACAGUAGAAAGGCAGCAGAUGAAUGGACAUCUUGAAGCAGACAAUCAGGAGGACCAGAGGCCAGACCAGGAGCUGACCAGGAGCUGGGGCCACAGGUCUGAGAGCGCCCUGGAUAGGGCCAAGGCCAUGGCCCUGCCGCUGCCACUGGCUGCCAGCACCCCACUCCUGCAUGGCGAGUUUGGCUCCUACCCAGUCCGUGGGCCACGCUUUGCCCUCACGCUUACACCGCAGGCUCUGCACAUACAGCGGCUGCGCCCAAAGCCUGAAGCCCGACCCCGGGGUGGCUUGGUCCCACUGUCUGAGGUCUCAGGCUGUUGCACCCUUCGGAGCCACAGCUCCUCAGACUCAGCAGCCUACUUCUGUAUCUACACUUACCCACGGGGCCGACGUGGGGGCCGGCGCAGAGCCACUCGUACAUUCCGUGCCGAUGGGGCAGCCACCUAUGAAGAGAACCGCACUGAGGCCCAGCGCUGGGCCACUGCCCUCACAUGUCUGCUCCGUGGACAGCUGCUACCCACAGAUGGGGAAAUCACCCCUGAGCUUCUGCCAAGGCCACCCCGACUGCUCCUAUUGGUCAAUCCCUUUGGGGGGCGGGGCCUGGCCUGGCAGUGGUGUAAGAACCACGUGCUGCCUAUGAUCUCUGAAGCUGGGCUGUCCUUCAACCUCAUCCAGACAGAGCGACACAACCAUGCCCGGGAGCUGGUCCGGGGGCUGAGCCUGAGCGAGUGGGAUAGCAUCAUCACGGUGUCAGGCGAUGGGCUGCUCUAUGAGGUGCUGAAUGGACUCCUAGAGCGCCCUGACUGGGAGGAGGCUGUGAAGAUGCCCGUGGGCAUCCUCCCCUGUGGCUCAGGCAACGCGCUUGCUGGAGCUGUGAACCAGCAUGGGGGGUUUGAGCCAGCCCUCGGUGUCGACCUGCUGCUCAACUGCUCGCUGCUGCUCUGCCGGGGUGGCAGCUGCCCACUGGACCUGCUGUCUGUGACGCUGGCUUCAGGCUCCCGCUGUUUCUCCUUCCUGUCAGUGGCCUGGGGCUUUGUGUCAGAUGUGGACAUCCAGAGUGAGCGUUUCAGGGCCCUGGGCAGUGCCCGAUUCACACUGGGCACGGUGCUCAGCCUCGCCGCAUUGCACACCUACCGUGGACGCCUCUCUUACCUCCCUGCCACCAUGGAAGCUGCCUCACCCACCCCUGGCCAUGGCCUGCCCCGUGCCAAAUCAGAGCUGACCCUGGCUCCAGCCCCAGCCGCAGCCCCUGCUGUGGCCCACUCACCCCUGCAUCGCUCGGUGUCUGACCUGCCCCUGCCCCUGCCCCAGUCUGCCCUGACCUCCCCUGGCUCCCCUGAACUGCCCAACCUGUUGCUCAAUGGUGGGGGCCCAGAGCUGGCAGGGGACUGGGGUGGAGCUGGGGAUGCUCCAUUGUCCCCAGACCCAGUGCUGCCCUCACCCCCCGGCUCCCCCAAGGUAGCUAUACUCUCACCCAUCUCCAAGGGAGCCCCAGAAAUGCCAUCAUCCUCUGGGCUCCCAUCUUCCAAACCUAAUGCCACAGUUGCCGUCUCUACCAGGGGCCCAGCAGACCAUCUGCUCCCUCCUCUGGGCACCGCACUACCCCCAGGCUGGGUGACACUGGAGGGGGACUUCGUGCUCAUUUUGGCUAUCUCACCCAGUCACCUGGGGGCUGACCUCGUGGCAGCUCCCCAUGCGCGCUUUGACGACGGCCUGGUGCACCUGUGUUGGGUGCGCGGCGGCAUUUCGCGGGCUGCGCUGCUGCGCCUUUUCUUGGCCAUGGAGCACGGUAGCCACUUAAGCCUGGACUGUCCACAGUUGGGAUAUACCGCGGCCCGUGCCUUCCGCCUCGAGCCCCUUACGUCUCGUGGUGUGCUCACCGUGGACGGGGAGCAGGUGGAGUACGGGCCGCUGCAGGCCCAGGUGCACCCAGGCCUCGGUACACUACUCACCGGGCCUCCCGGACGGCCUGGACAGGAGCCCUGAACCUAACAAAACCUGGAGCCCCCCAAAGGGGGGCCUACAUUCCAAGGUGCGGGGCUUGGCCUCGUCUCCGGGUUGCGUCCGUCCGCGCGGGAACCGGAGGUGGUGCUGCAGGGUAGCCCGAAUUCCAGAGGGUGGGCGUCGGCACGGUCACGUAAAUUGGACCCUCGCCGUAGGCAGUCCCUGACUAGGCGGAACGGGGCUUGGUUCAGAUACUUGCUACCAGCUCUUAAAAGGCAGGUCGGCUGAGGGCGGAACCUGCUCUGUGCGUCGUCCAAUGACGGGACCAAGAAUGUACGGGCUGGAGGAAGCUUUAGUUAAUUGGCCAGUCAGGGCCCGGGUUUUGCCCAAUCUACUCCGGCUUCUCCACGCAACUGGCCAAUCAGCCCUGGAGGAGUAGGUUCCUCCCGGCGGACGCUAGGAUUUGCACUACUGUCCCUUCCCCGCGGGACGGAGCGGGGAAGUCCAUUUCCCCAGUCUGUUGUGCGUCUCACGGCCGCGAUCCACAAAGCAGUUGAAAAAGUCUAUGCAAUAAAGGCAGUCGCUUCAUUCCUCUAA